AUGGUCAGCAGACGCCAGCCCGAAGUCAACUCCUCCAGCGAUGCCCGUUGCAUGCCGGACUUUUGGGACAGGCUUGUUCAGCAGCCCAGUAAAAGCCAGUUGUACUUACUGACACCUUUAUCUUUCAGUUACCUCUGGAUGGAAGAGUACCACGAGGCCCCACCCCUGCUGGCAGAAGGCGCAGGAGAGGGGGGAUCUGCCCCAGCCCUCCCCCCGAGGAAAUGGGACGGCCGGGGACCCUCCCGCGCCCCUGUUGACCCCCGCCAGGACGCCAGAGCCCUACGCGAGGCCCUUCCUGGGCAGAGGCACCAGCGCCCAGAGAACAGCCACCACCUGAAGGUCUUCCUGCCCAAGAAGCUGGUGGAGUGCGUGCCCAAGUGCCCGGCCCUGCCCAAGGAGCGCCUGCGCUGGAACACCAACGAGGAAAUCGCUUCUUAUCUGAUCACCUUUGAGAGACAUGAGGAAUGGCUCUCGGGCUCCCCGAAGACCAGACCCCAGAACGGCUCCCUCAUCCUGUACAAUCGCAAGAAGGUGAAGUACCGGAAGGACGGCUACUGCUGGAAGAAGCGCAAGGAUGGCAAGACCACCCGGGAAGACCACAUGAAGCUGAAGGUCAAAGGGGUGGAGUGUCUCUACGGCUGCUACGUCCAUUCGUCCAUCGUCCCGACAUUCCACCGUCGCUGCUACUGGCUACUCCAGAACCCGGACAUCGUCCUGGUCCACUAUCUGAACGUGCCGGCCAUUGAGGACUGCGGGAAGGUCUGCAGCCCCGUCCUCUGCUCCAUCAACAGUGACCGCAAGGAGUGGCUGAAGUGGUCGAAGGAGGAGCUGGUCGGACAGCUGAAGCCCAUGUUUCUGGGGAUCAAGUGGACGUGCAGCAGCAACGGGAGCAGCAGCACUGACCUCUCUGUGGAGCAGCUGGUGCAGCAGAUCCUGGAAAGCCACCAGGCCAAGCCGCCCCCCCGGACCCACGCCUGCCUCUGCAGCAGCAGCCUCGGGAGUCCCGGCCACGUCCCGCACAAAUGCAACAGCAUUAAGCACCGGAUCAUCUCCCCGAAGGUGGAAGUCCGUCCUUGCCCCUUCCCGGCCCUGACAGAGGUGCAAAACAUCUCCGGCAGCCCCGAGGCCCGAGCUGAGGCUGACCCGGCCAAGGGGCCUGUCCUGGACAGCAAGGGCACCAAGCCGGCCAAGACCACCUCCUCCACCAUGGCCGACGCCGUCCCCGACUCCACGCAGCCGCCCCCUGCGCUGCCCCGGCCCGGCGGCUUCCCCAAACAGGAGCGGCCCCCUGGCACGCUGUCCGUCAGCCUGCCUGGCAGCACCAUCUUCGUCAUGGCUGGCCCGAGCGGGGCUGAGAAGCCGCUGGCCCUGACCCCCAGCCAGCACCUGGUCUCCGGAGAGGGGGGGGCGGCCCCCACAACGCCUCUUGGCCUGGCCGUCUUGCCCGGACUGCUCCUCUCGCAGAGCUUGGAGUCCGCCAUGGAGACCAGCGAGGGGACCUCGGACGCCUUCGACCCAGACCGCUUCCUGAACAGCCCCAAGCAAGGACAGACAUACGGGGGCGGCCGGGGUCUGCAAGCCAAGCCGGAGCCUCCGGAGACUGGCUCAGCUUCGGGCUACUCGCUCUACAUCUCCACCAAUCGCUUCUUCAUCCAGGAUGAUGGGGCCAGGCAGGGGCCUGCGGCCCUCUCAGCCAGCCCCACGGUGGCCGCAGCGGAAGCCAAGAGCAGCCCAGAGGCACCCAUGGAGACAUCAGGUGAAGGGGGCAGAGCGGCCGGGGGGGGCCCGGAGAUCUCCCCCAAGGAGCUGCAGGAGGAGCUCCACUCGGUCAUCCAGAGAGUGGCCGCGGCGGCAGCGGGAGGCCCCUUCAGCCUGCCCUUCGACAGCCAUUUCCCGGACCUCAUUAGCGAGCUGAUGACGGAGGGCCCGGCGGCAGACGGGGCAGGCAGCCCGAGAGGCCCCAGUCCCGGGUCGGAGAGCCCGGAGUCGCCCUGGGUCUCCAUCACCGACUUCUCGCCCGAGUGGUCCUACCCAGAGGGGGGCGUGAAGGUGCUGAUCACCGGCCCCUGGAUGGACGAUUCGGAGUCCUACAGCUGCCUCUUUGGCCAGAUCUCGGUCCCGGCGUCGCUCAUCCAGUCCGGGGUGCUCCGCUGCUACUGCCCAGCCCACGAGGCGGGGCUGGUGCCGCUGCAGGUCGCGCAGGAUGCCUGCCUGGUGUCCCCGUCGGUCGUCUUUGAGUACCGGGCCCGGAGCUUCCUGACACUGCCCGGCCCCCAGCUGGACUGGCUCUCCCUGGACGAUAACCAGUUCAGGAUGUCCAUCCUUGAUCGUCUGGAGCAGAUGGAGAAGCGUGUGGCUGAGAUGGCCACCUCGGCCCCCCAUGGCCCGCCGGCCCAGGCCCAAGGGGAGAAGCCCCCUGGCCAGGACCGCAUUGUGGCCGUCUGUGAGAAAAUGAUGCUGUCGCAGACGUGGCUUUGCUCGGAGACUCUGGUGCACCACGUCAGCUUCCGAGGAAUGACGCUGCUGCACCUGGCAGCCGCCCAGGGCUACACCCGCCUCAUUGAGACCCUGAUCAAGUGGCGGAAUCUCAACGCCCAGAAUCUGGACUUGGAGCAAGAGGUGGACCCCCUCAAUGUGGAUCACUUUUCCUGCACCCCCUUGAUGUGGGCCUGUGCGCUUGGUCACUUGGAGGCCGCCCAGCUGCUCUACCUGUGGAACAGCCAAGCCCUGGCCAUCCCCGACUCCUUGGGCCGCCUGCCGCUCACCGUGGCUCGUUCGCGGGGCCACGUCAAGCUGGCCACGUGCCUGGAAGAACUGCAGCGCCAGGAAGAGGCCCUCCCCGAACCUCUGGAGCCCUCGGCUGAUGCACCUGGCCCAGACACAGGGCUCAGCACCGCCAGCGGGGUCUCCUCCCCCUCGGAGCGCUCGGAAGGCUCCCUCUCCAUCACCUCCGCCUAUUCCAGCGGGUCAGCCCUGCGGGAGUCGCCCGCCUACAGCCCCGAGGCCGAGGGGGCCAUGGAUGUCUGCCAGGGCCUGCCAGCCGGCAGCCUGGAGGGCUGGUACUUGCAGGAGGCCCCCAGCCCACCCCGCCUCCCGCCCGCCUCCUUCUUCCUGAGCUAUGGCGAGGGGGGCCCCAUGGGACCCCCGGGAGGCCCUGAAGCUGAGCUGGAGCCGGAGUUGCUGGCCUACGGGGAAAACGCCGAGAACGAGGAGCAGCUGCCGGAGACAGACGUCCUGCAGGUGGAUGUGAUCACCCUGGCCAGGCAGAUCAUCGAGGCCACGCCGGAGCGCAUCAAGCAGGAGGACUUUGGCUGCCCCGAGGCUCCUCUCCGCGAGCGGUCCAGCAACGUGGGCCUGAGCGAGACCAUGUCCUGGCUGGCCAGUUACCUGGAGAACGUGGACCAGCUGCCCAGCCUCCCCCAACGACGAGGCUUGGCCCCCUCGCCCCCCGGGCGCUCCUGCCUCAGCCCCCUGCAGUCCCCCCUGGCGGACCUGUCCUUCGAGCGCCUCCCUCCGCCCCCCACCGCCGCCAGCUGGGCCGAGUUCCUCAACGCCUCGGGGAACGGAAAGAUGGAGAGCGACUUCGCCCUGCUGACCCUCUCGGACCACGAGCAGCGGGAGCUGUACGAAGCCGCCCGGAUCAUCCAGACGGCCUUUCGCAAGUACAAGGGCCGUCGGCUGAAGGAGCAGCAGGAGCUGGCGGCGGCUGUCAUCCAGCGGUGCUACCGGAAGUACAAGCAGCUCACCUGGAUUGCCCUGAAGUACGCGCUCUACAAGAAGAUGACGCAGGCGGCCAUCUUGAUCCAGAGCAAGUUCCGCAGCUACUACGAGCAGAAGAAGUUCCGGCAGAGCCGACGGGCCGCCGUGCUGAUCCAGCAAUACUAUCGCAGCUACAAGGAGUACGAGAGGCUGAAGCAGGGGCACCGGGCCUCGGCCGCCAUGCAGCAGAAGAUCAAGGGGACCUUCCUGACCAAGAAGCAGGAUCAGGCCGCCCGGAAGAUUAUGCGGUUCUUGCGACGUUGUCGGCACAGGAUGAAGGAACUGAAGCAAAGGCAGGAGAUGGAGGCGCCCCCACAGAAGCGCGGUGUGGCCACUUAG